AGUGCUUGUUCGGUGGCAACAGCCUGUCGCCCCUUCAUCUCAUGGGAACAGCAGAUGAAUAUGGAGAUUCCAUAUAAAGUAUAGUGGAGAGACAACCACUCCACUGCUCCGCCACUGCAGCCAUGCAGGACCGCUAUGCUAUUUCAGUGACCUGGGUAGCGCUCGGUGCAUUUCAAGCGGUGCAUUUUUUGCGCCAUUAUUCACGUAGGGCACAUCUUCAGCCUACACGCUCGUUAGAACAAGCCAUUGCUGAGCUUGUGAGAUAUUCCCGAGUCCACUUCGUGCAAAGUGUAGGGCCUAGUCCGAGCAGCCUGAUGCCAAAAAUCUUUAAAAUGGCUCGCUGGAGGACCUACGAUAUGACUACCACACCAGCUUUCAGCCUUCCUCACCUCAGCCUAGUUCUUGCAAGAUCAGCAGCCCAGCUCCUUCGGUUGACAUCCCACCAUACUUCAUCUGAAUCAGUAAAAUGCGUCUUUCCUCGACUUUCGUUGUCGCCGUCCUUGCUACGUGCACUGCUGCCUCCCCAAUUACUCGUCGUGGCGACUACGAUGAUCCUCACGCCGCUGUCCCUGAGUUCGUCUAUCCUGGCUUCCCCGGCUUCCCUGGUGGCCAUGGUGGCCAUGGCGGCCAUGGGGGUCCUGGUUUCCCCGGUGGUCCGGGCGGCCCUGGCAAUGGUGGACCGGGCAACGGCGGACCGGGCAAUGGUGGACCUGGUAACGGUGGGCCGGGUAACGGCGGCCCUGGCAAUGGCGGCCCUGGCAAUGGUGGCCCUGGCAAUGGUGGACCGGGCAACGGCGGACCGGGCAACGGCGGACCGGGCAAUGGUGGUCCUGGUAACGGUGGACCGGGUAACGGCGGCCCUGGCAAUGGUGGACCUGGAAAUGGUGGGCCGGGCAACGGCGGUCCUGGAAAUGGCGGUCCUGGUAACGGUGGGCCGGGCAAUGGUGGGCCGGGCAACGGCGGUCCUGGAAAUGGCGGUCCUGGAAAUGGCGGUCCUGGCAAUGGUGGACCGGGCAAUGGUGGUGGUGUUGGCAACCCCGCCAACUGCGGUGUUUCCGCUGGCCAGAUCUCUGCUCUCACCCCGCUCCUUACGCGCCUCGGUCUCGAUACCACUGUCGAUGGUGUCAAGAAGCUCGUUGUCCACCUGACCGAUGCUGUUGGCGAUCUGGUGAAUAGUCCCGCCAUCAACGGCCCGGAGGGUGUCAGUGGUGUUGUCAACAACCUCGUCAACGGCCUCCUCGGCUCACCCCUUGAUCUGUCAAAUACACUCACUGCUGUUAGCAGCAUCCUCCACAACCAGGUUCCGUGCCUGCUCGACACCCUCCUCCCUAAGCCCUAGA